UUUGAAGCAGUUCUUCGAAAACCGUUGGCUGGCGUGGAUGCGCGCGCGUGUUUCACGAUUCACUGUGCGCGGAAAAUCGUGUCUGCUGUGUGAUCCCCACUCGUUUUUAUUUGAAUAGGAUUAGUAGCAAGCUCGAUUGGAUCAGCGCGAUUGCAGUGCUUACAGCAAGCCUAAUUUUCAUCCAGCCACACGCGUGGAAAAGCUUCAGUCCCCCGCCCCGUCUAAACAGUGCGUGUGUGUGAGCUUCGGUUGUAGUGGAAAAGUGCGUGCACGAUAAACAUAAUCAACAGUAGCUGUAUGAAGCUGCUAGUCGAAGCGAAUUGAACGCGCCCAGGCCGUGCGUAAAUUCUUAGUGGAAAAGCGGGACUAGGGCAGGAUUGGAGUGAAACGUAAAGAAUACUGUUUUAUAUUGACAAGUGAAUUUUUUUGGGAAACUUGGCAAGUGCAUGGUUUGGGAGGCAAGCAGCCAGCAGCAGUGCGUGCGAGCGCGUGUGUGUAUGCGUGUGUGACAGGCGCAGGGAGUCUUCCUGUUGAUUGAUUGCUCAACUCUCGCUGCAUACAGUGUGAACCUCAGUGACCAUUGAAUGCAGGGCAACCACCAGUGACAACGUGAUCGAAAUAUCGUAUUUUCCCAGAGUCUGAGCUACUGAGGCUGAUGCAGCUGAUAUGAAUUGCGCCUUUUGUUCGUACACACUAUCUGCAUGUGUCAUUGUGGAAUUAAAUAAUUAUCACUGCGUGUAAAUUGUUGGAAUUGUUCUAGUGGACGGGCGAGGCCAGAUCUAGCCACCGUUCAGCACACCAUCAGACCGGAUUUGUUCACCACAAGUGCGUGCGUGUGUGUGAGUUUGUAUGUGUCAUUGUGCGCCCAAGAGUGUUCGUGAAUUAAAGGAUAAUACCAAGUGGGUAUCGUUUACCAUUUUUUAAAAAGUGUUUUUACCAAUUUCCACUACUCCAACUACCCCAAUAACAAAGAGCAGUGGUAAACAAAACGUGAACAAAAUACUGUGUGCGGGCAAUUGCAUCGAUAUAUUGCGUCGGCUGUUUGCGUGAAGCGGAGCGCAACUGAUUUCGCGGGAGUGAUUUAGAAUCGUACGCGCCCGCGCGUGUUUGUGUGUGUAUCAAAGGCAGGCGCCUAGCUCACACGGUUGAACAUUCGGACCGAAUUGCCGGCACUGGGAGACAGAACAAGAGGAAACAAUUUGUUUCACUGAAUGAGCAACACAAUUUUGUGUGUAUAAAUUACAACCCCAAAUCAUCAGCAGCUCGCGGUGGCACCAUCCCCACACCACCGCCACAGGGGACAAGACGGAUCAGUGCAGUGCAGUGCGAGCGAAGGAAGAAAAGCGAAGUCAACCCAACAACAGCACGCGAACUUGUACGCGCGCGCCCGCGCUCGCAUUGCAUCGCAAGCAAAGCGGAAUGAUAUUCAUCGUUCACCGUUGCCCUCGCACAAAUGACGAAUGAACAAAGGAGAGCAGCGUGAUAAAUAAGAGUAUCGCUCCGCGGGUAGUACUGCACGUCGUGACCACCAUCCGAUCGGUGGCGGCGGCGGAGCGUCGACGAAUCGACGAAUCGGAUUUUCGCUCCCCAGCGAGUUUCGCUCGUACUUGCCCUGCGAUAUCCACCAUUUUGUGUCGUGUGUGUGUGUGUGUGCAUGUCGUCCGUUGUACCGGUGGAUCGCAGCAAGACAUGCUUGGGCCGUGCUGGUACCGAAAUGAGGAGCGAAUAGACGGCAACGGUUCGCUGUGGACGAGAAACUGGUAAUAUCGCCGCGCAGCAUAGCGAGGGAUGAAAAUGUCACAGCACGACGAAGCUGUUGCCAACUGAUUGUGUGUGUGUGUAUGCGUGUGAAGACAACUGCAAACGGAAUACAAGGACCUCGAGGGCCUACAGUUUCGAAACGGUUUCAGUGAGAGUGAGCUGUGUACUAGUGUUAGAGUGUUUUGGUGGUUAUACAAGGUCAGAUUGUGCGUAGAAUAAGAAGCUAAAACAGCGCUAACCAGCCAUCAUGGAUAUGACGUCAGCAGCCGAGGCUCGCAGCUGGUACGAUAACCAGCGGCUCGGUGGAUCACCGGGUACAUCGGCCGCCCUGGGCCAUCAGACGGCUGCGGUCGAUCCGUCCGAGAUGAACCCAUUCUACCCGCUGGAAAAUGGCUCCCAUCGACGCUACUACCCAACAAGCUACGGACCACACGCAUCCCGCAUGACCUCGUCGCACGUGUCACCACAAGUCUGCCGGCCACACUUUCACGGACCACUGUCCUGGUUGAGCGACCCGCCCAAACCGAUCGCGUCCAGCAGUGCGUGGGGAAGCCCGUUCGCCUGCCCGCAGGACCCACAGGACAAGCUGACCCAGGUGCAGACGGGCCAGACCGGCCAGCACCUGUUCUCGUUUCCACCCACCCCGCCGAAGGACUCGACGCCCGACUCGGUACAGACGGCACCGGCCGAGUAUCAGGCGACGAUCAACGCGUUCAUGCACCAAGCCCAGGUCGGCUCGAGCAAUGCGGUCGGCGGUGGUGGCGUGGGCGGAGGGGUCGGUGGUGGCGGUACCGGUCAGACGGCGGACAGCUGCGGGCUGGACGUGAAACCCUGCCUCACCGGGGGCAACGGAUCGAGCGGUAGUGGCGGUGGCGGAAGUGGCGGAGGCCAGAACCAACCAAAGCAGCGCGAAGGUACGGGCAACAGCGGGACGGUGGGCAACGGUAGCAGCGGUGGGCCCGGUAGCCAUACCAAUGGCGGUCAGCCGACCGGAAGUGGGCUCGGCGGUGUGCACGGCGGUGGCCAGAGUGGAGCGGGAGCCGUCGCCACCGCUGGCGGCCACAGUUCUGGCGGUGGCGGUGGGCUGUUCGAUGGGUCGGGCCAGUCGGCGUACGGGGGGUACGAUACGAGCGGGUACGGCUACCACCACCAGCAUGCCGCUGCCUCGUUCGGACAGUCUAACCCGCGCCCCGCCAUGAACAGCCCGCACAUGAAGCCGCAGCGGACGAAAGCGCGCACGAGUGCCGAGGGACGAGAGUGUGUCAACUGUGGUGCAACGUCGACGCCGCUGUGGCGACGGGACGGCACUGGCCACUAUCUGUGCAAUGCCUGCGGACUUUACUACAAAAUGAACGGCCAGAAUCGUCCACUGAUCAAACCGAAACGAAGACUGGUUAGCUCGCUUCAAAGUGCCGCCCGACGUGCGGGAACAUCGUGCGCCAACUGCAAAACGACCACCACCACCCUGUGGCGAAGGAAUCAGGGCGGCGAACCAGUUUGCAACGCUUGCGGGCUCUACUACAAGCUGCACAACGUUAAUCGACCGCUGACGAUGAAAAAGGAAGGCAUCCAGACGCGAAAUCGGAAGCUCUCGUCCAAAUCGAAGAAAAAGAAAGGAAUCCCUGGCUCGUGUCUUCCGCUCGGCGGUCACCUUGGAGAUCUGAUGAAGCCGCUCGACCAUAAACCCUCCUUCCCUGGUGCGUUCCCCGGUUCAAUGGGACAACACAGCCACUUAUCGGGAGGAUUACACCCAGCACAUACACACAUGCACGGUGGGUGGUAUACGACUGGCAUGGGAGCGCUCGGAACUUCUGGCGGACUGCAGAACGGAUUCGGCGGUGCUGGGUCGUUAGGUGGAGGAGUCGUCCCGCAUUCGCAAUCGUACCAUCUAGGACUUAAUUCAAUGCUGGCGUUCAGAGUACACGUGAUGGAGCACCGGUAACUUUAACACUAACCUGUUCGAGUUUAGCACCUCACCGAAACUCCAGCAGCAACACCAGCAACAGCACCAAUCGGCCCUUUCGCACCAGCAGCAGCAGCAACAACAACAACAGCAACAACAGCAGCAACAGCAACAACAACAACAGCUACUGUUGCAGCAACACCAAAAUCAACAAUCCACCCAUCAGCUGCAACAAUCGCCAUCGUCCAGCUCGUCCCUGUCGUCGAUAGCAAAUGCAGCCUCACUGCUGGAACAGCAUCAUCUUGGAUCGCUGCAUCAGCUGCACGAGCAUCAUCACGAUGCGACCGUCGCCAGCCAGCUACACCUGCACCCUCAUCAAUUGCAUUUAGCGACCGCAAGUCAAGUACAAAUCUAAACCCGGCAUCCACUUCAAGACUCUUCUUACUGUCCACACGCACAACGUUCGCCCGGUUGUGCUCAUUUGUCGCAUAUGCGCGCGCUUCUAGUCACCAGCCAACUUCGUACAAUGUCUUCUUCAGCAACGCAACGCUAAUAGUAGCAACAUUCAAAACAGUUCAAAAACUCCCCCGAGCUGCUUGAGUUACUUGAGGCAGCUGCUGGGAGAGACCAGAGACCAUUCAUCACAAAACAGGAAUUAAUUGCGGAGCGCUUUCCUGCUUCUGGCAAGAGCGUUUCUCUCUGUUUCUCGAUCCAGAGGACGAUCGAGCACCGGUUCAGUAUUAUUAAUGAUUUUCAUAGAUUACCGUGUAGGUGAAAUAUAUACGGCGGACUUUAACCAUCCGACGAAUAGGAGAAACGUGUGCGUUCAGUCGAAGGUAAGUCAGGGAAGAAUCACUUCCGUUUGCAUCCCAGCAGGUGUAAAAGGUAAAAGGAAAGUUGGUGGGAGGGUUCAGGCAGGCGUGGCAAGGUAACCAAGCGAAUGAUGAGCGUAAGUUAAAUCGAAUUUAGUGCACCCAAAAUGUCCGAAGUUGGAGCGACGUGAGGUUGAAAACAUAGCAAACAAGCAAACAAACACAAAAACUGCUGGUGAGAAAACAAAGCCAACAGUUGAUCUACGCUUUGUGUUUUUAUAGAUACGAUUGAAAAUCCGAUAAAUUACCAAUGUUCACCAACUGGCAUAGAACUAGGCGAAAGGUAACACAGCAACAAAACAGAUAAAAACACCCAGUAUUGGUGUUGGUUUUUUUUUACAAAAAAACACUGGGAAAAACGAUCCGCCGAAUAGAAACUAACGCGCACAAACAAAAGCAACAGCAGCAGAAGCACAAAUGGACGGACGGAAGGCAUCCAGUGCACUCUGGCUGUGCAUUCGCUGUGCGCAUGUGAAAUGCACAACAAAACACAGAAAAAACACAGUGAUGUAUGUUACAAUUGAUUAGCUGGUAAGGAAGUAGUGAAUUCAACUGUACGAAAGCCAACCAAGUGUCCCAGCGUCGCAACGGGUGGAAUGUUGCAAAAACAAAACUCACUACCACUCUUGGCAUUGCAAUGCAAUGUUUCGUUUCGUGUUUUGCAUAGUAAACUGGAAGAUGCUAUGGAAAAGAGCGAAAUUGGUUUUUAAACAGAAAAAAGGGUUCAAGAUGAGGGAAAACUUUCCAAUUUACAAAAUAGAAAGUCACGCCAAGGGGGAAUUACAAACAACUCCAACAGAAAACAUGAACCAACUAACCCACCACAUUGUGUCACGCUGGGAGCAGUAUGGGGUGGGGUGGGUGUUGUAGCAAAGGAUAACAGUGGAGGAAAGUGCAAUUUUCUUAGUUUCAAUUAUCUGAAAGCAGCACUAGCUGCGCUUUCCACUGCAGCCUUUUUGUUUUGUUUUUGAGUGAAAUAUUAUUUUUAAACGCAUCAAAGCGUACAGCGCGUAGUUUGACCGCAGCAAAUGAUUUGCAGUGCACCUCUCGUUUAAGAUUAGUGUAAUUUAUUUAUCCACAUUCAAUUUACAGUACACUUGUUUCUUUAUGCGCAUAUGAGUGCACAACAAACAUUGGGUGUUCAUAGUAAGCGCCUGCAAGGUGUAAAAAAACCGAAUGUAUAGCUAUAUAAGUUUUCCCAAACAUUCGCUUGAUUGCUGUCGGAAACCAAACGUUCAUACACCUAGCACAAACAAAGGGUAAACAAAAUGGAAAAGGGAAAAUCAGAAGAAGAAAAAAUGUUACAGAAGCAGAUGCCAUAUAAAUAAGUAGACUGUAAAAUGUUUUCACAAGCAAAAUUGUAAACAAAAAAACAUACAAAAAAACACCCCCACAAAACAACAAAAUUUGCGUAAGCUAUAGCGUGUUGUUGUUGUGAAGGUGAAAACAUUCAAUGAAAAAUUAUGUUGUACAGACACAUACACCUUACUAGUAUGGAUCAAAUCGUAGAGGUGCAGCAAAAAGUAUAUGUUAAAAACGCACUCUUCUUGAGAUGGAAGAGAAACUGUCUGUUUGUUGCACAAAUGCAAAUGAAAAUGCAAAAAAAAAAACAAA